UGUGCUUGUAUUUUAUAAGCAGUUAAAGCCUUGAAGGCAUGUGUAGGAUGUUUAAAUAAAUGCAAACCAGAAUGUUGGUUAUAUGCACCUUAAUGUGAAAAAAAAAAACAACGUUGUUAUUAGUUAGCAUGUUUAAUUUCUAUUUAAUAAGACUGGCUGCAUCUGAAAGAAAUCUGUGAGCAAAGUUUUAUUUUCUUAUUAGUUCUUUGACUUUGAUGAAUCAGCUACACAAUCGUAAGAGACUCAGUUCUUUUGUAAACAAGUUUUCUUAUAAACAUGCUCGAUGUUGGACUUCUCAAAACAUGCUUGGUGACCGUCACAACUCUGUUCUUCAUUUGGUUAGUGCGCAAGAUUUACAAGAUGAUUCUCAAGUUUCACUACUUCAACCAACUACCAGGAGAACCAAGUUUUUCUUGGCUGUAUGGAAAUCUGCACAAGCUCCCAAAAACUGGAGAGGGAAGACUGGCUUAUGGCUACUGGCUUGUCACAAAAAUCAACUCUAAGUUUGUUCGUUUCUGGCUAGGUCCAUUUCAACCUAACAUCACUGUAUUUCACCCAGAUACUGUAAAACUGAUUCUAAAGUCUUCGGCUCCUAAAGCAAGAGGUUUUGGGGGUUUUUACCAAUUUGCGCUGCCCUGGAUCGGUGACGGUCUCAUUAUUUCCAACGGGGCCACCUGGGCCAGGGCCAGAAGACUCCUCACUCCAGCCUUUCACUUUGACAUUCUGAAGAAUUACGUCUCGGUGUACAACACAGCAGCUGAUACGUUGGUAGGAAAACUAGACAAACUGGCCGAAAGUGGCGAAAGUUUUGACCUCUGUCCCCACAUGACCUUGUGCACCCUAGAAAUAAUUCUAAAAUGUGCUAUGAGCUAUGAUGCAGAUGUCCAGAGAAUUGGACACCAUCCUUAUAUCAAAGCAACAAGGGAAUUAGCAUUAUCUUGGUUUGAAAGAAACAGACAGCCAUGGUUGUGGCCAGAUUUUAUCUUCAAAUGGACAACGUUAGGCAAGACGUUUUUAAAAAACUGCGACUAUGUCCAUCAAGUAGCGGAAGAAAUCAUCAAUAAACGAAGAAAUCAAUUGAACAAAGAAGGUCUUCCCUCGAAACGUCAUCUAGAUUUCCUGGAUAUCCUUUUGUCAGCCAGGGAUGAGGACGGUAAGCCAAUGACCGACUUGGAAAUACGAAAUGAAGUUGACACUUUCUUGUUUGCAGGACAUGACACGACUGCCACAGCAGCUUCUUGGAUGGUUUACUGUUUAGCGAAGAAUCCUGAGUGCCAAACAAAAGUCCAAGAUGAGAUUGAUUCAGUUUUAGAAGGCAGAGAUUCCGAUUGUAUUUUGUGGUCAGACAUCUCUAAACUCCACUUUCUUGCACUGUGUAUCAAAGAAGCGAUGAGACUCUACCCUCCAAUCCCAUUCAUACAGCGCCGCCUUAACGAAGACGUCACCAUUGAGGGCCACAAGAUUCCUGCUGGAAACAUUGUUAAUGUAGCUAUUAUCUACUUACACAGAAACCCAGCUGUCUGGGAUCAGCCUCAUGCUUUCAUCCCGGAGAGGUUUCUGGACGCAAAUGGGAAAGACCAAGACUAUUUCUCUUUCACUCCGUUUUCAGCAGGCUCCAGGAACUGUAUUGGACAAAACUUCGCCUUGAAUGAAGAAAAAGUUUUAAUAGCGCGCUUAUUUAGAAGAUAUCGUUUUGAAAUACCACCUGACGCCCCACCACCAAACAGACUUGCACGGACAGUGCUGAAAAGUGAGCAUGGCUUGUGGUUUCGGAUUAAAAAACGAUAGAGUGAAAUCAAUCGCCAAACAUAUUGCCUCUUCAAUUUUGAAUUCUACGUAUUAAUGAAAUUUUUUUUUUAAUGCUCAUUAAUGACUUGAUUAAAUUGAAUGCGGUUAGCGAUAUAUUGAAUAAGACUAGUCUCGUUGUAUUGAUUAUAAAAUGCAUAUAACAUAAUGUAAAUAGUCGUACUUAUAAAACUGUUAUUGUUCAUAUAUCAUGGGGGCAUUAUAGUUUUUUUUAAAGACUUUGUGAAGCUAAAAUGUGAAUGCUGUCCAGUGGGAAACAUUAAUAAUAUUUUGUGGUUCAGCAAUAGACUGUACGAUAUAAAUGUAACAGAGGUGCCAAACGUAAGCGCUGUAAAGACCAAAUCAGGCGCCAUUUUGUUUUCACUGACAUAGCUGGAGAGCUCUCACUAAGCUCGCAGGACAUAAAUUUGAGACCCAAAAGAAGCGCCCUUGCAAGCGACAAGCUCAGACGACGAAAAGAAAACUUUCAUGGACCUCUUGCGGACAACGGCAUUAAAUAUGUCAAAAUAUGUAGGUCGCAACUGGGUUUGUUUGAUAGAGUAAAAUACUGAACUCAUCUUUAG